AUGGCACCGUGGCUGUCCCUAGAGAAGGAGCCGGGGGGCUGGACCGUGGUUGACCAUAAUGGGCUCCGAGAAAUAGUGGAUGCGAUGGACCAGCCCCGAGAGCAGUAUCCGUCCGUGCAGCUUUUCGUGGGAGGAAACACCAAGACACAGGCGCUCCGGACGCUGUAUCCGUACAAUAACUUCGGCCGAUCCCACCGACUCGGGCUGGCUCGGGUUCACCUAUCCGAGCUUCCACGGCCUGAGCCGGUCGUGAUCGUUGAGAGUGGUAUCCAGUCCCACUCGGAAGCGUGGCCGCGAAGAGCGGCCCUCAAACAACAGCACCACAUCCGCCGGAGUUACGACCGGUCGCAUGACGAAGUCCGCGACCUGCUAUAUCGGCAGGUGUUACUGCCGUUGGCCCAUACGGUGUGUUUCUUCCCGGAAGACCUCGCCAGCUCGAACAGUGUGGAGGUCAUCCAACAACUGCUCGUGGCCUGGCAGGUGCCCCCGCCGGCAGGGGAAGCCGGAGGGGCCACACUCCAUCCACACAUGAUGGUGGUGUUAACGAAGGGUCCGGAGCCACGGGUGUCGCGCGAGCGCAUCGAACGUGAUUUAUCCGCCGCUAUCGUCCCGCACAUAGCCGCCGCUGUGACUGUCGUCGACCUGCGUGAUCGCAGCGGGCUAUCGCGCGUCAGUCGAUUCCAACCGCUGAAGCAAGCCCUGGCCGGGCAGCAAGAGGCAGCACGCACCAUGCGCGCGGCAGCCCGUCUCCU